CCAUGCUUAUUAUAAUAUAUUGAAUUCUAAAUGAUUAAAGAUAUAACUUCUCUGUUUACUUUAACAGCUUAUAAUUAUGUGCUCUCUGUCAUUUUUACACCAGUGCUACAAGUAAUCAACCUCACUGCAACUUAUGUGUCAUUGAUUGCAGAGCUUGUAGUUUUUAAUGAGCCAACUAAAGCCUUAUAUAUCAUAUAUAAAACUUUUUUCUCUUACAGAUGUAUAUAUUGCUUCUUGCAUUCAAUUAAUCAUUGUAGCAAUUUGUUCUGAUUUUAAUGGCACUGGUUUCCAAGAUAAAGAUACAUCAGAGAUACCAUUCUCAUAUUUAGUGUCUGAUUCCUUCCACUCUAAUGUAUUAACCACUAUCCAUAUGCAGCCAGAUGUAGAAUCCCUAUCAUCAGUUGUACCAACAGAAGAAGAAAAGGAAAAAGUAUCAAGUCAAUUAUUAUUCGUUAUUGAAAC